AUGCUGUUUGGAAAACAAUCGAUUAAAUCCUGCCUUUCCGUCAUAAACACCUGCAGUGGCGCUCGUGAGGGGCAUUCGAUCUAUGAAAGCGCAUUACAACAGCACCUCGACCGCUGUGGCGUUGUACAUCGUGAGGUACUAAUCCCUAAGUACGAUGUCAACAACGCCCUCCAUGCUUACCUUCAGCAAGCGGACUGUUUGGUGGUUUGUGGUGGUGAUGGAACGGUCUCGAGCGUUGCUAAUGCGCUGGGUGCAACGCAGCAGGAGGAAUUUCUCCGAAAGCCCAUCGCUGUUGUACCUGCAGGUCUGCAGAACAGCAUCGCUCAUUCCUUCGGUAUGAUAUCACCUGAACGCUCGCUAUCAAGCCUGAUCAUGGGUCGGACGGACGCGGUACCACUGUGGGAGGUGCGUGUGAACACGGCGCCGUCGCUGGUACGCUAUGUGUGCUCCUAUGUGGCAGUAGGAGCGUACGCCAGCAUCGUGCAACGCUUUCACCAACUUAGUCAAGUUGGUGAUGAGUAUUUUGCGCUCCCGAUGUUGCGCCACAGGUUUCACGCCGCUGCGUUAUACACAGCUUUCAAGCGCGAUGUGGUGCCCUGCGCAGUGAAUCUGAAAACGCACACAGGCCUGCCCUCUACUCAAAAUGUGACAGCCAUAGAAGGCGCAGGGAUUUGUGUGUUGCGUCACAGAGGACCCUUGUGGUUGCUAAUCGCAGCGCAGAUGCCCCUUCAGCACGGUGGCUACUCGCUGACUCCAUGCGCGACAUACAAGCGGGGGACACUGAGCGCAACAGUCGUCACGCCCGAAGCGACGCGUCUGCGUAUGUGGCACUUGCUGAGUCGUGAAGCCAAGGAAGGACACGUGCUGGAAGAAGAUGGGGUGCACAUUCAUCAAGACCUCACUUACCUUCAAAUUCAUUACGACCCGAUCCUUUACGGUAGUAGCGGGGCGCGUCAGGAGGGCUUAGAUAAAGUUAGCUGCGGUGGCCGUGAAAGUGUCGGUGCGCCCUCAAAAGAGGACUUCGAACACUCCCUGCUUCUAAUGUUAGAUGGUGAAGAGACAUGGGUGUUGCCUGGCGCAACAGUAACAAUUCAGAAAUCUACGCGAUCUCUGAACUUUCUUGUAUGUUAA